AGUGUGGUGAAAGGUGUUAAUACAAUUACUGGGACCUUCUUUAACAAGACAGGUUAGUGUAGUAUAGGGAUGUCAAUGUGAUGGGAUGCCGUGCCCUGAUCAUUUCACUGACCGAUUUACUUUCGCACAAAAAAAUAGUCCACCUCCUAUUCAUAUCUGCAUUUGUAUUUGUUUAGAAAGAAUUAUCUGUUCAUUUGGGAUAAUGUACAUUCAAGUGACCCUCUUCAUUCUUUUUUACUCUGACAGUUGGGAAUGCAAGCUGAGUGCUGACUAGUGGUGCCAAAAGAUUAUUAUUACUCUCAGCAUGCUAGAAAGCAGUCUGUCCAAAACUAUGCUGAGACCAAGACAUUCACUGGACUAAACCCAACAGAACCAGAUGGAAAGCGACACUGAAACACAGAGACGAGUUCGUACUCAGGAGGGAGAAUUAAACUCAGUAGAAAAGCUGUUGCGUAGACUUGGCCUUGAGAAUAAACACAAAGACAAACUUACCAGUGCACACUUUCUUGAAAUAUCCAAAUCCAUUUUACUGUACAAGGAGCCCAGUAGAGAGAAUGAACUGGUAAAUGUUUUCAUGCAACAUCUUUUGACAGGAGAUUACACAGCGAGAUACAUCUCUGUCAAAAAUGAAACAAACAUACAAAACUCUCAGACUAGAGCUAAUGAAGAUGCCUUUGCUGCUCUUUUAAAAAAGCCUAAUGUAAACAGUGAAAGAAAACAGGACCGGAUUCACCCAAUCGAUGUUCAGAUGGCGGUGUUCCUUUGUGCAGAUGAUUUUCUUCGUCAGAUCAUGGUGACUAAACUGGCACAGUGUCAGUAUGCGAUCCUCCUGCUGGUACCCAAUCCCUUUAGCAGGAAAAUUGAAUUUCCUCUCUGGACAAUGCGUCAAAUCAGCAAGAGCUGGAAGUUGACUGAUGCUUCAGGAAAAAUCAUCAGCAAGACCCUGCCUGUUUACAAAGCAGAAACUCCGAUGGUGGCAUUCUUCAGGCUUGGGUCAGUUUCCUCAUCCAAGUCUCAGCUUAUCAACAACCUGAUUAAUGAGAAGCACAACACAUUUUUCCACAGAAACUGUCCAGGCAGCAGCAGAAACCGUCUACUGAUGGAUGGAGUGGUGGAGAUCGCUUGGUACUGUCCAUCUGGGAAAAGCUCUGAUUAUUUCACUGAAUGUGUUGCGUUCUGCAAUCUUCAUGGUGAUUCCAGCACAGCUGUAACUCAGAGAGAGAUACUUACUACCAUGGCCUCUGUAAAUGUUUUACUUUUGCCUAAGAUUGAUGAGGAUGAUAAUAAUAUGAGAAUUGUACAGGAGUUUUGUAAGUCACAAACUGCUCUUAUUGUUGUACUUACUGAUGAAGAGAACGGUAAUGAAGACGCUGUGUGUGAGAUUGGUAGAGCAAAAUACAGAGUGGGACUGAAGGGUAUAAAUAAGUCUGAGGUGUCUGUUCUGCUCAGAGAUGUGAUCAAGAAGUGUCUCUCAGAAAAACAUAUGACCUUUAACCUCAAAAAAAUUACGUGCAUCUCAAAGGUCUGUGUGGAUGAGCACAAUGAGGCCUGUCAGAGAGGAAAGGAAGCUGCUCAAAAUAUAAUGGGUUUUCUAGAUGGAAAAGAUCCACUGACAGUAAAAGAGGAAUACCUGCCCUGCCAGGGAAAACUGUGGCACGACUGGUGCCAAAAGAGAAAAGAUUUACGGCAACUUCAAAGUAACAAUAUAGAAAUGGAGCUCAGCAAAAAGCAAACUGAAAUGAAGGAAAUAAGAUUGAAACAGCAGGAACAUGGCUUCAGUGAACUCAUGGGGUUAUUUGUUGGAUGUUUAAACUCUCUGUCAGACAGUGAGAGAAAGUAUUUCCUCACAUGGACUGGAAUUUACCUGGAUGAGUUCACUUCAAAGAAACUCUCUGGUAUCCAGAAAGAAUAUCACCAAAAAUGGACAAAUGUGUUGGCCUUGAAAAAAAACCAUGACAGAGCUGAAGGACAAACAAAUCUGGACAAAUUGAAGACUGAACAAUCAAACUUAGAAAAAUUAUCACAAGAACUGAAUGCUGUCAGCUUUGGCUUGGAGCACAUGAUGAGAGAGAUGGGCCAGAUUUAUGAAGCCUCAGUCUCUGAAGAAAAGAGCAAUACAUGGAGAGAAGAUGGAAACUUGUCUUCCCUGCCUAAACUUGUAGCUGAACUCAUGAUAUCUGGGCACCCGAUGGAGCUGAUGGAUGGUGAUACAGCUUAUGUUCCUCUAACCUGGGUUUCAGCUGUUUUGGAUGAAGUCAUCAUGAAACUGGGAGACCAGAGAGUUUUUGUGCUGUCAGUUUUGGGAAUUCAGAGCUCUGGGAAAUCCACCAUCUUGAAUGCCAUGUUUGGGCUCCAGUUUGCAGUCAGUGCAGGCAGAUGCACCAGAGGAGCCUUUAUGCAGCUCGUUAGAGUUUCUGAGGACAUGAAGGAAGACCUGAAGUUUGACUACAUUUUGGUUGUUGAUACUGAAGGUCUCCGAUCUUCAGAGCUGUCUGGAAACAAAAUCCACCAUGAUAAUGAACUUUCCACAUUUGUGGUAGGAUUAGGAAAUAUGACUUUAAUUAACAUCUAUGGAGAGAACAUUACUGAGAUGCAGGAAAUACUUCAGAUAGUUGUUCAUGCAUUCCUGAGGAUGAAGAAAGUCAGACUUAACCCCAGCUGCAUGUUUGUGCAUCAGAAUGUUUCUGAUAUUGCAGCUAAAGAAAAAAUCAUGGAUGGAAGGAGACACUUGCAGGAAACACUGGAUAAAAUGACUAAACUAGCAGCUAAAGAUGAAGACUUCUAUGUGGAAAAUUUCACUGACAUCAUUGCAUUUGAUGUAGAGCGUGAUGUAAAGUAUUUUGCACAGCUCUGGGAGGGUUCUCCACCAAUGGCACCAUCAAACCCAUGCUACAGCGAGAACAUUCAGGAACUAAAGGGAGAUAUCCUCUCUCACGCAGCAGCUACAAAUAACCUGAAAUUAUCACAGUUUCAAAAUCGUGUGAAAGACCUGUGGAAUGCUCUACUGCAUGAAAAUUUUGUGUUUAGUUUUAAGAAUGCACAAGAGAUAUCAGUCUACAGGAAACUGGAGCAGGAGUAUGGGAAAUGGACCUGGAGUCUGAGGAGUGCCAUGAUGACUGUGGAAGAUAAAAUGCUUAACAAAGCAGCCAGUGGAAUCAUACAAACAGUUCAGAGGAGAGAUUUCAAAGACGAGAUGGCAGGAACCCUAAAGAAUCUCCAAAAGGAAUUUAACCAUUAUUUUGAAGAACACAAUGAAAAGGAAACGCUGAUUCAGUGGAAAUGUAAAUUUGAGACACAAAUCCAGCACCUCCAUGAUGAUCUAAUAGAGGAAGCAAAGAGAAAAGUGGAUGACAGCAUUCAGCAGAAAAGCAUUACACAAAACCUUGAUAAGCAACGUGUGAACUACGAGAAGAUACUCUUUGAAAAGAGUAAAGAACUUGCUUUAAAACUUAAAGGAAAUGUUAACAACAAAACACAUGCAAGUGAGGAAUUUGAUUCAAUGUGGGGAACAUGGGUCUCUGAAUUAUCUGAACAAGCUCCAGAAAUCACAGAUCUUAACAUCUCAAAGGACAUCACUGAAGUCCUGGGAGAGGUCUACAAACAUGACUUGGUUCCAAAUCGAAAGCAUUCUUCAGAGUAUAAACGUAUUGGAGAAGUCAGUGAUUACAGUAGAUAUGUUUCAACUAACAAGAACAUGUUGAAAAAGUAUUUAUUUUUAUUUUGGUAUGAAGGUUCUCUUACACCAGAGAUAAACAAAUCAAUACGUGAUCUAAUUAUUAAGGUCAAUGAACAAACCAAAAAAAAGGUGGAGUCAUUUCCAUUCUCAGCACAGGGUUACAAUUCACAUUACAUUCAAUCCAUUGCACUUGGUGUCAAAACCCAGCUGCAUGAAUUUGAAGCACAGUUAAAGAAAGAUCUAAACUUAUCUGAAGUUGCCUCCGUCUUUAACCAAGAUUUCUAUGUAGAUCUCUCACUUUAUGUGUGUCACCAGUCAAAAGAACGCAUCUCAGAGCUUCACAGGAAAUUCAAAGAAGCAAAUGAUCCACUUAUUUAUUUUGAAAAGAAAAGGGCUGAGUACUUUAACAUCUUUCAGAAAUACUGGGAGGGAGCAACAUCAGCAGCUAUACUUGGAGACCAGGUUUGCAGUAAACUGAAAGAAGCGAUUCUGCAGAAUGUCUACAACAUGAUCUCUACAUUUGUGUGUGGACAGAUGAGAGGGAAGCCACCAUUUAAUGGGAACAGAGCUGAUCUGGAAAAACACAUUCUGAAGUCUUUGGCAGAGCAGAAAGGCAAUAAGGAUGAGAAGUUUAAUAAAUACUUAACAUACAUGAACCAACCUAGGGCUCACUUUGAAGAUUUCAUCAAGGCCAAGGUUAAAGAGUUCAUGGCAGCUGAAAACCCUGCAGCAGUUUCUGCCAUUAAAAUACAUAUUGACCACAAACAGAGAAGAGUCAUAAGUGCUACAAAAAUGGCAACAGAUAAAGUGAAAGAAGUCCGUGGGGAUGCAAAUCAGUGGCUGGAGUUUUUUUCCAACAGCCUUGUAGAUGAGUUAGGAGAUACCAGAGUUCACUUGUGUGAUGAAGAGUGUAAGGAUUGUGUUGAAUAUGAUGUUCUUGUGAAAGCUAUAGAGAAAGAACUCUCCGCUGUUGUUGAAGAGUUAAAGAAAAGCCUCAGUAAGAUUUCAGACUUCUCCAUGGAGAAGUUCAGAGAAAGACCUGAUGAUACUCUAAUCAAACACUUCUGUGGGUGCUGCUGGGAGCAGUGUCCUUUCUGUGGAGCCGUCUGUACCAACAGCCAAAAUGACCAUCCUGGAGAUCACCAUGCUGAUUUCCAUCGCACAUCUGGAAUGAAUGGAAUGUAUUACAGGGGCACAACAGAAUUCUUCAUCGACUUUUGCACAACAGCUGUGGCAAGUGACAAGUGUUUUUACUCAUCCAGUGAAUCUAGGGCUAGUUUUCGUUUUAAAAAGUACAAGAAAGCAGGUGGGAAGUAUGAGAAAUGGAACAUCUCUACUGAUUUGUCUGAGCUGGCUUACUGGAAAUGGUUUGUUUGUGAAUUUCAGGAAAAUCUUGAAAAGCACCAUAACAAAGAGUUUUAUGGUAAAGGGGAGAUUCCUGAUAAUUGGAAAAAUUAUAAACAGUCAGAUGCUGUUGAAAGUUUAGAAAUAUGGUAAUACAUCCAUUCUGGCACUUUUCUGUGCUUUCUGACAACCCAUGGUAUAAAACAUCUGUAUCUGAUGGAAGAGCAGCCACAGUCCAGCUUACCCUGAUGAGAAAGCUGAAGCCACAUCCACAUAUGAAAAUACUGCACUCUGCAACACAUUCAUGCUCUUCAGCUUCAAGAUCAAAUUCUAGCUAUAUGUACUAGCAUCACAGUCCCUGCUAGUUCAUUUAACAAGACAGCAGUUUUCAGUUACUUUAAU